AUGUUGUUCACUUUGCUUCUCCUUGCAGAUGGUCUUGCCUACGCUUCUUAUUUUCCUCCACCAAGUCCAAACUUCCAAUCCAAUUCUAAACCAAUCCAUAAACCACAAGUGUUCUCAACAAAAUCUAACCAAGGUGUUGGGACCGACUCUUUGUAUCCUCCACCAAGUCCAGAUUUCCAAUCCAAUUCUAAACCAAUCCAUAAACCACACAUUUUCUCAACGAAAUCUAACCAAGGUGUUGGGACCGACUCUUGGUAUCCUCCACCAAGUCCAGAUUUCCAAUCAGAUUCUAAACCAAUCCAUAAACCACAAGUUUUCUCAAUGAAAUCUAACCAAGAUGGUACAACCGAAUCUUGGUAUCCUCCAGCAAAUCCAAGAUUCCACCCAUAA